AUGCAUCCGCGGCAGUCUGAACCGGGCGGCGCUGCCGGCGGAGGGCUAGGCCCGCCCUCCGGCGUGGUCGGGCUCCCUGGCGCAACCCUGGGCCGGGAGGAGACAGGCCUGUACGGCGCGGGGGCGCCCCCUGCGGCGCUCCACGCCUUCCUUCGGCCCUCGAGCCCUGCGAGCGCGAACGCCGACGCGGCGCCUGCUGGUCAAGCUGCUUUCAGCGGCUACGCGAAUGCCUUAGGACCUCCGGCCUCGCUGUAUGCUGCGCCGGGAGGCGUCCCGCUCUCUGUCGCGUCGUUGUCUUCACUCGCGCUUUCGGGCGCGGCGCCCCCGGGGCCUGGAAACCCCGCGGCCCACCUUGCUGGCCUCGCGCUCCAGCACCAGGUACCGCAGUCAGGAGCGGGGGCGAUCCCCGGCUUCGCCAAUCCGGCUCUCUUUGCUGCUGCGGCGCACCCCCUCGCCUCCGCAGGGAGGGCGGCUGCGCAGACUGUGGUGCCGCGGUCGUCGCUUGUCCACGCUGGAGUCCCCCUGCAGGCCGCCGCGCCCGAGGGGCCGGGCAUCUCCCUCGGGGGGGCGCGAAAGAGCCAUCCAGCCGCGGGUCUGCAGCAGGUCCCCGGCGGCGUCUUGCCCCCGGGGGCGGCGGGCUCCGGCUUCUUGCCCGUCUCCGCCGGAGGGCUGUUGGUGCAGCAGGGCUACGUCUCCACCGCAGGCCUCGUGAGUGUGACCCCACAGCAGAGCAGGAACCUCGCCAACGCCGCGGCUGCAACCGCCGCCCUUGCGGCGCAGGCGGCCGAAGCGACGGCGGCGGCUCGCCGAGCCGGAGCCCAGCCUGCGACGGGGCCCUCAGGUGGCCCGGGGGUCUCUCACCCCCCCUCCGGGGGAAAGGGCGGCGGAGGUCGAUCCUCAUCGAAGGGCGGUGGAAAGAAGCAGGCCGUCAGUCAGGCGAGCGCGGUCGUGGACAGCGGAGUCUCCGCUGGAGCCCAGCACACGGGGCCACCGGCGGCCGCAGGGCGCGACUCUGCCGGCAGUGAAGGGGCUCACGGCGCGGUCAAAGGCGACAGAGAGACUGACUCAGCCUCUCAGUGGGCCCCGUCGGGAGCCUCGAGCGUCGUGAGUCAACUCCCCAGGCGCCAGGCGGCUCCAGGCCCGGCCGCGGACGUCUCGGGCGGCGCGCACCACGCAGGGCCACAGAAGGGCAAGGCCGGAGACGGAGGGACAGGUGUCUCCUCGUCGGCGGCGAGAGGGCCGGCGGGGCCCGCUGGCGGAGGCGAGCGGGACGAAGCGGGGCUGAGCCGCGAGACGAGCCGCAACAAGCCUCAAACACAGGGAGGCGGGAGACGCGACGGGUCACGGGGGGCACUUACCAGCGGCGCAGGGGCGUGGACAGCGGCUGGAGGAGUUUACCUUGGCGAGGAUGUGCUGACGGCGGUCGCCGUCGAAGACGAAAGUCUCCGCUGGUCUCUGUUCAUCAGCAACGCGCUCAGGUGGGCGGCAGCGCCCGCACUCGACUACGACGUCAGCGAUGGAGGCUGGGGCGCGACUCCGGAGGAGACAGACGGGACAGGAGACAUUCCCCAGCGGGGGCCUCCUCCUGGCGACCCCGCUGCGGCGCAGGCGACAGAGGGUGGAGGGCGAGGCACAGACGAGGGCGCCGCCUCAGCCGCCAGGGGGACGGGGGAAAGCGCGCCGGUCGGGGAUCCUUGCAGCGGCUUGGCUCCUCUCUCCCUUCAGCCUCACGUGUUUCUCAAACCCGGCUCCCGGAAUGCUUGCGGAGUCUCCGAGGAAAGGGAUGAGGAGGAGGUGGAGCGGCAGCAGCGCCGCGCUUGUCAAGCACGAGAGCGGCUUCGCCGCAAGGCGCGCCUGCUGGAGGCUCGGGAGCGUCUGCGGUCUCACGCAGGCGCCGGCGGGGUGCAGAAGCAGUCCGAGAAGGACGCUGGGGCCGGUCUCUUUGGCUUCAGGUCGGAGGCCGGCGGCGGAGACAAGGCGGAAGGCGUGGGCUUCGACCCGCCCCGCGGCGACUCGCCGCAUGGGUCGGGCGAGGUCGGCGCGCAUGACUUGAAUGGCGCUGUGUCAGCUGCACCAUCCAGCCGCGGGCUAUGGGGCGAGUCCGGAACGGAGACAGGAGGCGAUGACGGCGACGCGUUGGGCGGCGGCUCCGGCGGCGAUAUGGGGUAUCUGCGGGAUUCGGGUCUCGAGGACGACGAGCUGGAAGAGGAGGAAGAGGAAGAAGACCCCGGGCUCCUCCGAGUGCUGGGCGUCUGUUGUACAGCCUUCGUUGAAGAAGUGAUGGCCUCUGCUGCGUCUUACGCGGUCACCCUGCGCAGCUCGUCCUCGCUGCCGGCGGCGCCGCUCUCAUCUUCGCUUCAGUCCGCUCUUCCCUGCCCUCAGCCCUCCGCCGCGCGCUUUUCAGGGCCCUCUGCGCCCGAGGCGUCCGCGGCGCCUGCCGCAGAGCGAGGAGGUUUGGCGGUCGGAAGUGUCUGCGGAGCAGCCGCGGCAGUUGCGCUCGAAAGCGGAGGGACAGGCCGAGCCGUAGAGGUGACUAAGCAGCACGUCGACUUGGCACUCGAGCGACUCUGGGGCGAGAGCACUGUCCAGCGUCUGCUGCAGGGGAUUCGCGAGAGAAAGAGAGCAAAUCGCGCCCGCCUUCGGCAGCUCGAGGCGGUCGGCGUCGCCGCUCGACUCGCCAAGGCGGGCGGCCGAGCGACCGCGGGAGACGCGGAGGAGGGCGAGGCGGCGGAGGGCGGUCGAGCGCUCCCCCGCGCUGGGCGGGAGGCGAAGGUGCUGGGCGCGGGCGGAGAGGAAGCCAGGGCGCACGAAGAGGACGAAGACAUGCUGGCAGAGGAGUUAUUCUUAGGGGGCUGUUUCGGCGAUGACGGGAACGAAGGCGAAGCGGACACGCCUAAGGAAGACCUGGCAGCGGCUGCGCUCCCUGCGUCUCCUGGGGGCCGGGGGCCCGCUGCGCCAUGGGCGGAGGGGGAGGCGAGCGAGGUGGCGCAUGCGGCCGCUGGGGGGUUGUCGCCAGAUCUCCUGUACUACAAAGAGGCGCUGGAAACCAGCGCACGGUGGGACGAGAUCGAUCGUCUCGUGGCGCGCGAUCCCUUUGCGCCCUUCGCCUCCUUCCACGCCGACCUCGCGCAGGCAGAAUACGUCCUCACGCAGCGGCAUCUGCAGAAGACGCUGGAGCUACACGCGCAGCGCGCGCGAGACCGGAGCCCUGCGAAGGAGCCGAGAGAGAAGCGCGUAACUCGAGAGGAAGAGGGUCCCUUCGCGCUGGGAGAGGCCGCGGCUGCGGACGACGACUCCGUGAAGGGCUUGCUCGCCAAAGCCCAGGCGCUGGCGCAGCGAAACCGAGAGAAAGUCGCGCAGAAGGCAGUGGACGAAGAGAUGCAGGUGGAAGGCGCCGGCGGAGGCCGCGACCAAGACGGCGAAGACCUCCUUUUCCAGGCCUUCGACUUCUCCAACUCCUCGCUCGCCCUCCUCGCGCAUCCCUCCGCCUCACUGUCCUUACCUGUAGAUUCGGAGCACUGCGUGAACUCUGGAACGGCGGCCGAUGGCCUCUUCGUUCAGGGCGGAGUCUCGGGCGCGGAGAACGGAAGGCAAGGCGCAGCGCCCGAGGAGGCGUUUUCGCCAGACGCGCCUGUGUCCAGCGCGACGUUCUUCGAGGAAGAGGACUUCCUCAUGGAACAGCGGGGCGGCGCAGGCGCCUUUGUAGAGCCGCGGGAAGGAGACAUCGCUGUGGCGGCAGAGGGCGGUGAAGCCACUGAGGACGGAACGGGGCUCCGAAGCGAAGGGGAGCGGCAGAGUCCUUUAUCCGCGCCUGAGGCGGCGGCCGCCAGGGACGACGCAGAGCCGGGGGGCGGUCUCGAGGAAGGCGGCCUCGAUCAGGCGCUCGAGGACGAACUGGAAGAAAGUCUGCUCAUGGGGAUGGACGGCGGCGGGUCGCUGGGCGAGGCAGCCGCGGGGCCGGGCGACGGAGAGCCCGCGGCGGGCUGCAUGCGAGACGACGAAGACAGCGACCUGUUUGCCGCCGCGCCUGGUUUUUCGGCGGAAGAGAUUGGUCAAGAGGCGAGCGGAGAGGAUCUUCUGCAGGACGGGGCGGAGGCGCGAGCAGGGGGGCGGGUCUACGCACACGACGCGACAGAGUUUUCGCACGCCGACGCGCAAGGAGAAGAGGAUGGGGACGUGGACCUGGAAGAAGAGCUCUUUGCAGGGCUGGAGGAAGACGACGGAUAA